ACCAGCAAUGGCAGCGCACAUGGCGAAAAGCAUGGCACCAAAGAAAAGAAAAUUGAAAGAUAUGAGCGUUGAUGAGUUCAUGAAAAGUGCAAUUGAUUCAGACAGUAGUGAUGGUAGCUCCGAACCAGAAAUCUCCAAAAAGAAAAAAACAGCGAAGAGUAAAAAACCUGACAAGAAAGCUGCAUCUAAACACAAGAAAUCUUUAGAAAAUCUUGAAAAGCUGGACCCAGAGUUUUACAAGUUUUUAGAGAAUGAAGAUAAAUCACUCCUAGAUUUUGGUGAUGAUGAUGAAGAGGAUGAUGAAAAUGAAGAGGAGGAGAGUGAUGAAGAUGAGGACAGUGACGAGGCAGAUAAAAGUUCAUUCAAAGAAGAUGUUAAAGAAAAGGCAUCCGGAAAAAAAUCAAAAUUCAAGCUUGAUUUAGAAGACCUUGAUGAUUACAGUACAGAUGAGGAUGAGGAGGAUUCGAGUGAUGAAGAUUCAGGGAAGGGACGUUUUCAUAAACUUCCCAAAAAACUGGAGGUUGCCAGUGACGACAGUGAAGAGGAAACAGAUGGUGAUGAAGAAGAUAAAGAUGAAAAGGAAAACACGAAUACAGUCUUAACAAAAAAGAAACAAAAGGGAACAUUGCUGACACCUAGGUUGAUAAAGAACUGGUCCAAAAGUCUAGAGACAAAACCUACCAUGGCAGUACUGAAAGAAGUCAUUGCUGCACUCAAGGCUGCAGUUCUCCAGGCAGGUGGAGAGGGGAAGACAAACAAAUAUGUUGUCAAGGGCAGUGCAGUAUUCAAUGCAAUUGUGCGGAUGUGUCUGACCCAGGUGGCGCCAGCACUGCAUCAGGUGAUAGGCCUGCCUCCUAUAACUGACCUACAGAAACCCAUCGUACCUGCCAGUAACAACAAGAAAUGGGUGAAAAUACGUGUAGAUGUCAAAACCUAUGUGACUUACCUGUUAAAGCUGGUGAGUGAGUUGUCAGAGCCUACAAUGGUUAAUGUGAUACUAAAGCACAUUCACAAACUAGUCGCCUUCUAUUCCUGUUUUCCAAAAAUAGCCAAGGUCAUGCUCAAGCAAAUGAUCUCGUUGUGGAGCACUGGGGAGGAUACAACACGUGUCAUGGCAUUCUUCUGUAUAAACAGACUUGUACGCAUCAUGCAGACCACACUUCUUGAUGCCUGUAUCAAGCAAAUGUACAUCGCGUAUGUGAAGAACUGUAAAUUCACCUCCCCUUCCACACUGCCAAUGAUCAAUUUUAUGCAGCGCUCCAUGGUGGAGAUUUUUGCCAUAGACAUUGUACAUGCCUACCAGUACACUUUUGUUUACAUCAGACAGUUGGCUAUUCAUCUAAGGAAUGCAAUAACAACGAAAAAACAGGAGAGCUGUCAGGCAGUUUACAACUGGCAGUUUGUGCAUAGUCUGGGACUAUGGGUGCGACUUUUAAGUGCGACACACCCAAACCCUGUCCUGGAGCCCCUCAUAUAUCCCCUUACACAGACCAUCAUAGGCACCAUUAAACUCCUUCCAAACUCUCGGUUUUAUCCGUUGCGAUUUCAUUGUGUACGACUGAUGACGACUCUUUCCCAAGCUACCAUGACUUUUAUCCCGGUGCUGCCAUUCCUGUUGGAGAUAUUUGAACAAAUCGACUUCAACAAACAGUACAAGAAUCCUAGUUUUAAACCAUUCAACUUUGCCUGUAUCCUCAAGCUCUCCAAAUCACAGUUGGUAGAAAAGUCCUUUAAGGAUGGAGUGAUAGACCAGCUGUAUGAGUUACUCCUGGACCAGUUACAUGUCCAUCAGAGUUCUGUUGGGUUUCCUGAGCUCGCCCUACCAGCCAUUUUACAGCUGAAGGCCUUUCUUAAGAAGUGCAAAGUGGCUAACUACUGCAAACAGAUUCGUCAGAUUCUGGACAAGGUUGAAGAGAAUUCAAAAUUCAUCACAAAUAGACGCAAGAGUUUCAAUGUUAAUCUUGCUGACACUAAAACUAUUGAAGCUUGGGAGAAAAAAUGUGAAGAGGCCGGAACACCUCUUGGAAAAUAUUACAAGACCUGGAGGAAGCUGAGGGACCGUGAACUACAGCAUGAGAUCUCCGCCAAAGAACAGGUCCUGGAUGUAGAUGAUGGUAUACCAUUAAUAGUAAGACCCAAGGGUCCACAGAAAGCUACCGCUGAAGACAAAAUGGACUUUGCUGCUCUUUUCGAUAAAGAAAGUGAUGAGUCGGAUGAUGAGAUGAGAUUUCUUCCAAAAUCUGAACGAACAACAAAAUCCAAAAAAACUGAUUCAGAUAGCGAUGAUUACAGUGACUUUGAUAGUGACGAACUAGAACAGUUAGCACAGUCAGCAGAUGAGGAUGAUGAGGACAGUGAGGAAGAAGAAGACGAUGAGGAGGAGGAGGAGGCUGAGGCAGAUGAUGCUAAUGCCAGUAAUGAUGAUGAAGAUAUUCCAGAUGUUGACGAUGUUGUAGAGGACUUUACAAUGUCAGACUCUGAUUAAAAUGUAUUGAAUUUUACUAAAAAUAAAUGUUUUAUCACAUACAC